AUGUCGUCCGACGGCGGGGGCUCCCAGAUGGGCGUCGCCGGCGCGCUGGGCCUCUCGGUCACGUCGUCAGUAGCCAUUGUUAUUUGCAACAACCAGAGCAUCAAGGCCUCUCUCAUGGUCCUCCUCCUGGGAGUUGGCAUCGCAUCGGUCACUGAUCUCCAGCUCAAUCUCCUCGGCUCAAUCAUCGCAGUGCUCACCAUCGCUGCGACCUGUGUCUGCCAGAUCCUGACCAACCAAAUCCAGAGGAGGCUCAAGGUGUCUUCCACUCAGCUACUGUACCAGUCCUCCCUGUACCAAUCCGCUGUGCUGCUCAUCACCGGCCCCUUCGUCGACAAGCUCCUGACAAAGAAGGACGUCUUCGCGUUCGAGUACACAUUCGAAGUCGUGGUGUUCAUCCUGAUGUCGUGCGGGAUCGCGGUGAGCGUCAACUUCAGCACCUUCCUGGUGAUCGGCACGACGUCGCCAGUGACGUACCAGGUGUUGGGCCACCUCAAGACGUGCCUCAUCCUCUCCUUCGGCUACGUUCUCCUCAAAGACCCCUUCACGCUCCGCAACCUCGCCGGCAUCCUCAUCGCCAUCUUCGGCAUGGGCCUCUACUCCUUCUUCUCCGUCUCCGAGAGCAGGAAGAAGACCGAGGGCGCCACGUUGCCCGUCAACACCCAGAUGAGCGAGAAGGAUUCGGCACCGCUCCUUGGCACGAAAACCUCGCCGUGGCAGGAGAGCAACGGGGUGGAGAACUUUGACGACGUGCCACGGACGGCGAAGAGCGCGUUUAGCCGGCAGCUGAACCCGUAG